UCCAAAAACACAGGAUGCACAUCCUUCUGGCUCUUCUUUAUGUCUCCAUUGUAGCGGCUCCUGGAUGUUCAAGUCUUCCCACAAAGGGAGACUCAAUCAGAAAUACCAUAAACAGCAUAAUGAAUAUAGUUCAGAUAACUCUGGUCCACAUUAAGAAACUAAGGACAAAGUUGCCAGUGGCUCCACAGAUAGAACUGAGCACUCCUUCCAUUGAGGGACUAACUAGUAUCAGCCAUGACCUGGGACUUUUGGAUAAUGAACUGCAGAGCCCAUUCACAGAGCUCCUCAGUCAGAUCCAGGCUGAUGUAUCCAGCUUGGAGGGAAGAGUGCGAUCCUUGGCCAUUACAAUGGAAUGUCCCAUCCAGGCCAGACCCGGAGGACAGAUCAGUAACAAUUCGUUCCCCGACAGUCACCUUUACCAGACUCUGACAAAGGUGCAGCGCUACCUGGAAAAGUUUCUUCUCAGCAAGGACAAACUCAAGGUUUGCUGAGAAAAACACUUAAAUCACACAUAUGAAAAAAUCUUGUCAUAAUGCAAAUAUAAAGGCUUAUUUGCACAGUGUAGUCAACAGUAUUUUUUAAAUAAUAUUACACAUUGUCACAUAGUGAUGACAAAGCAUGUGAAAAACAUUU